AUGGAGACAGCUCUAGCAAAAACAGCAGAGAAAAGGCAAGUCGUUUUUCUUACUAUAUUGUUGCUUUUGUGGGACGCUGACUGUAAGACAAUAAGAUAUUCCAUGCCAGAAGAAAUGGAGACUGGCUACUUGAUGUCUAACCUUGAAAAAGAUCUGGGGCUCAAGGUGGGGGAACUGGCCACCAGAGGGGCGCAAAUCCAUUACAAAGGAAACAAAGAGCUCUUGCAGCUGGAUGCAGAGAGCGGGAAUUUGUUCUUGAAGGAAAAACUAGACCGCGAGGAGCUGUGUGGGGCGACAGAACCCUGUAUGCUGCACUUCCAGCUCAUACUGGAAAACCCUGUGCAGUUCUUCCACACUGACCUGCAGCUCACAGACAUAAACGACCAUUCUCCAGAGUUCCCGCACAGGGAAAUGCUCCUAACAAUUCCUGAGAGCGCCCAGCCAGGCACUGUGUUUCCUCUGAAGGCAGCUCAGGACCCUGACAUAGGCAGCAAUGCUGUUCAGAACUACACAGUCAGCCCCAACCUCCACUUCCAUGUCUUUACUCACAGUCGUGCUGAUGGCAGGAAAUACCCAGAGCUGGUGCUGGACAGAGCCCUGGACAGGGAGGAGCAGCCUGAGCUCACUUUAACCCUCACUGCUGUAGAUGGUGGGUCUCCUCCCAGGUCUGGGACCACCACAGUUCGCAUUGAGGUUGUGGACAUCAAUGAUAACGCUCCCCAGUUUGUACAGUCGCUCUAUGAGGUUCAAGUCCUUGAGAACAGCCCCCUUAAUGCCUUAGUUUUGACGGUGUCUGCCAGGGAUUUAGAUGCUGGGAUAUAUGGGAAGGUAGUUUACUCUCUGUUUCAAGGCAGUGGGGUUUCUCUGCCAUUUGUAAUAGACAAAGUCACUGGAGAAAUUCGUCUGAGGGAAGAGUUGGAUUUCGAAGUUACUAGCCAGUAUAACAUAGAAAUCGCAGCCACGGAUGGAGGUGGCUUUUCGGGGAAAUGCACUGUGGCUGUGCAGGUGUUGGAUGUGAACGACAACGCCCCUGAGCUGACUAUCAGAAAGCUCACAAUUCCUAUCCCAGAAAACUCCCCGGAGACUGUAGUUGCUGUUUUCAGUGUUUCUGAUCCAGAUUCCGGAGACAAUGGAAGAAUGGUGUGUUCUAUUCAGAACGAUCUCCCAUUUCUUUUGAAGCCCACAUUCGAGAACUAUUACACUUUAGUGACAGAGGGGCCACUGGACAGAGAGAGCAGAGCUGAGUAUAACAUCACCAUCACAGUCACCGACAUGGGAACACCCAGGCUCACAACCCAGCACACCAUAACAGUACAGGUGUCCGAUGUCAACGACAACGCCCCCGCUUUCACACAAAGCUCCUACACCCUGUUUGUCCAUGAGAACAACAGCCCCGCCCUGCACAUAGGCACCAUCAGCGCCACAGACUCAGACUCGGGCUCCAAUGCCCACAUCACCUACUCACUGAUGCCCACCUACGACCCACAGCUGGAUCUCGCCUCGCUCAUCUCCAUCAAUGCCGACAAUGGGCAGCUGUUUGCGCUCAGGGCUCUGGACUAUGAGGCCCUGCAGAGCUUCGAGUUCUGCGUGGGCGCCACAGACCAAGGCUCGCCCGCGCUCAGUAGCCAGGCGCUGGUGCGCGUGCAGGUGCUGGACGUCAAUGACAAUGCGCCCUUCGUGCUCUACCCGCUGCAGAAUGCUUCUGCGCCCUUCACAGAACUGCUGCCCAGGGCAGCAGAGCCUGGUUACUUGGUCACCAAGAUAGUGGCCAUAGACAGCGACUCAGGACAGAAUGCCUGGCUGUCAUUUCAACUGCUCAAGGCCACGGAACCCGGACUGUUCAGCUUGUGGGCUCACAAUGGCGAAGUGCGCACCUCCAGGCUGUUGAGCGAGCGCGAGGCGCCCAAGCACAGGCUGCUACUGCUGGUCAAGGACAAUGGCGAUCCUCCGCGGUCUGCCAGUGUCACUCUGCAGGUGCUGCUGGUGGAUGGCUUCUCUCAGGCUUACCUGCCUCUGCCCCAGAGGGAGCGCGAUCCAGCUCAAGAGAAUGAGGACAGACUCACGCUGUACCUUGUCAUUGCCUUGGCAUCUGUGUCUUCGCUCUUUCUCUUGUCUGUGCUGCUGUUCGUAGGAGUGAGGAUGUGCAGGGGGGUCAGAGGAGCCUCGCUGGGUAGCUGCUCUGUGCCUGAGGGACACUUUCCUGGACACCUGGUGGAUGUCAGCGGCGCUGGGACCCUGUCACAGAGCUACCAGUAUGAGGUGUGUCUGACUGGAGACUCUGGGACUGGUGAGUUCAGUUUUCUCAAACCCAUGAUUCCCAACUUACUGCUUCAGGAUGCUGGGAGAGAAGUCAAGGAAAGUCCUCACUGCAGGGAUAGCUUUGUCUUCAGUUAACUGUUGUAUCUAGUUCAGUGAAUUUAUUUUUUGGCAAAUCUCUAACAAUAUGUUUCUCUUAAGAAAACGAGUCACUUUAAUCAAAGUAUUGGCAUU